ACACUUGUCUCCCCUCCACGGUAAAAAUUCCUUCUUUUGCCGUGCUGUGUAUCUCGAAUUGCUUCUCUCACUCUCUUUCUCUCUUGAGCUCUGCACAGGAAGCUGCGAUGUUGGGGUGUUUAGCGGAUCACUGUAGCGGCAUGUGCAGAGCUCCUGCUAUUGGGAUCCUCUUUCUCUCACUCUUCUUCUCAGUCCUCUCCAACACUUCCAACGCUUGCUCCAAUGGGAGUUGCCAGGUUCUGGAAGCUUGUUCGGCUCCCACGGACUGUGGGGCAGGCCUCUACUGUGGCGACUGCCCUGCUUUGGGGAAGACCCAGCCUUCCUGCAUCAGAGGCCAAGCCACCAUUCCCAAUUCAAUUAUUAAUGGGCUUCCCUUCAAUAAGUAUUCAUGGGUGGUGACUCAUAAUUCGUUUAGUAUUGUUGAUGCACCUUCUUUGCCGGGUGUUCAGAGACUGACAUUCUUCAAUCAAGAAGACACUGUGACUAAUCAGCUGAGAAAUGGAGUGAGGGGAUUGAUGCUGGAUAUGUACGAUUUCGGUAAUGAUAUCUGGCUCUGCCAUUCAUUUCGAGGGCAAUGUUUCAACUUCACUGCAUUCCAACCUGCAAUUGACACUUUGAAGGAAGUGGAAGCAUUCUUGGGUGAAAACCCGACAGAGAUUGUGACCAUUAUUAUUGAAGACUAUGUGCAUACUCCUAAAGGGUUGACAAAACUCUUCACCAACGCUGGGUUGGACAAGUAUUGGUUUCCCGUGUCCAAGAUGCCUAAAAGGGGUGAAGAUUGGCCCACUGUGACCGAGAUGGUGCAAGACAAUCAUCGACUUCUGGUUUUCACCUCUGUUGCUUCGAAGGAAGCGGACGAAGGAAUUGCUUAUCAGUGGAAGUACAUGGUGGAAAAUGAGUCUGGAGAUCCAGGGGUGGUACGAGGUUCAUGCCCAAAGAGAAAAGAAUCAAAGCCGCUGAAUUCAAAAAGUGCAUCUCUUUUCUUUCAGAAUUACUUCCCAACAUAUCCAGUUCAGGCUGAAGCUUGCAAGGAGCAUUCAACACCACUGGCUGAGAUGGUCGGUACCUGCUACAAAGCAGCAGGCAACUUGAUGCCUAAUUUUUUGGCGGUCAACUUUUACAUGAGGAGUGAUGGAGGAGGCGUGUUUGAUGCUGUGGAUAGAAUGAAUGGACAGACAUUAUGUGGUUGUAGUACUGUGACUGCCUGCCAGGCUGGAGCACCUUUUGGAUCAUGCAAGAAUGUUGCUGUACCCAAUACAACCCCAGUAACCAAUAAUGAAGGAGGCUUUACUGGAUCUGUUCAGUUCUCAAGAUCUUCUUCAACAUUCCAUUCUCCAAGUUGCUUGAUUAUUUUCUUCUUUUAUUUUCCGUUGAUGGCAUUUUUGUGAUGAUUACCAUAGCUAAUUAUAGGACUAGGCAGUUAAUGAGCUACUUCUUGAGGAGAGGCUUAGUGUGUUAGUACGUAUAUUUUAUAGUCAGAACAGGUAUACUGCAUUCAUGCCUUAUUGAUUUGAAGGUCAAGAAAUGCUUGCUAGUGUUGUGAAAUCAGAGAAGAACUUGUCAGAUUCUUG